AUCAAAUACUAAACUGGUAGUCCCGGUAGUCUUAUCAGCAAAGAGCGGGGAAGACCAACCUGUAAUUGCUUCUGCAAACUUCACUUCACUUCUCCAUGGAAGCCUCCACCGGACCUCCACGUCUUCCCUCAAUAAACAUCGACAAGUUAAAGCAAAAUCUCCUUCAAAAAGGCGUCAACCCAACUCCAAAAAUCAUCCACACACUCCGCAAAAAAGAACUUCAAAAAUUCAACAGACGCCUUACCAAACAAGCCUCUAAAGAACCCCCACCACUCACAGAAACCCAAAAACAAACCCUAGCCGAAGAAUCAUAUUUCCAAGCCGUUAAGUCAGAGUAUAAAAGCUUUAAGAAAAUGGUGAAUGCUAAAAAUGAUGAAAGAAUAGUGGGAAAGCCUUGGGAGAAGAUUGAGAAACUCAAAUUGCAAGAGAUUUGUAGUGAGAGUAAAGUGUAUUCUGGUGAUAAAUUGAAUUCUGAGCAUUUGUGGGAGCUCAGUCAUAUAAUUGAGUCUGAAAGAGAUAAAUUUUCAUGGCUUUUGGAUAAUGAUGUUGAAAUUAAACAAGGAUGGUUUGAUAAUGAAAGGGCUAACUGGGACUACAGACAAGGUCGUAGAGGCGAAGCUGAGAUAAUUCGGUUUAUCAUUGAUAGAUUGAGUGGGACGGAACUAAGUGUGAAGGAUUAUAAGUUUUCUAAGUUGAUGAAACACUCUGGAUUGCAGUAUACUGAGGAGCAAAUGCUGAGGUUAGUGGAAGGGCUUGGUGAAAAGGGACAGUGGAGACACGCAUUGUCUGUUGUACACUGGGUUUACAACUCUAAGGAACAUAGACGCAGCAAAAGCAGGUUUGUGUACACAAAACUGUUGGCAGUUCUAGGGAAAGCAAGGAGGCCCCGUGAAGCUCUUCAAGUUUUCAAUUUGAUGAGAGGGGAUGCCUAUAUUUACCCUGAUAUAGCAGCCUACCAUAGCGUGGCAGUUACACUUGGCCAAGCUGGUUUGCUCAAAGAGUUGAUCAACAUCAUUGACUGCAUGAAGCAAAAACCCGAAAAAUUAAAGUACAUGCGGAGGAAGAAUUGGGACCCUGUUCUUCAACCGGAUAUUGUGGUAUAUAAUGCUGUUUUAAAUUCUUGUGUACCAUCCCGCCAGUGGAGGGGAGUGUUCUGGGUUUUUGAGCAGUUGCGAAAGAAUGGUGUUAAGCCAAAUGGGCCAAGCUAUGGACUCGCAAUGGAGGUAAUGUUGCAAUCUCGAAAAUAUGACCUUGUCCAUGAGUUUUUUGGAAAGAUGAAGAGAAGUGGGGAAGCCCUAAAAGCUCUUAGUUACAAAGGUAAGAUGGUUUUCUUUUCAGUUUUCACUCUCGAGCCUUUUCUUUUAGAGACUUAUUGCGGCAUUCUUUUAGUUCUUGUAAAAUCUUUAUGGGAAGAGGGGAGAGUCAAUGAAGCCAUUCAAGCAGUGAGGGAAAUGGAACAAAGAGGAGUUGUUGGAAGCGCCUCAGUGUAUUAUGAGCUGGCUUGCUGUCUUUGCUACCAUGGGAUGUGGAAAGAAGCAUUCUUGGAGAUUGAGAAGCUGAAAAUGCUACGUCACACAAGACCUUUGGCUGUUACCUUUACUGGCAUGAUUUUUUCAUCCAUGGACGGUGGACAUAUUGAUGGUUGUAUAUGUAUAUAUGAGAACAGUAAAAAGCACUGCGAACCCGACAUAGGAAUCAUAAAUGCCAUGUUGAAGGUUUAUGGAAAGAAUGAUAUGUUCUAUAAAGCUAAGGAAUUAUUUGAGUGGGCUAAGACUAAGGAUCCCGGUCCUCAACUUUGCCAGGGUAAUUUGAGUUCUUCUCGUAGGCCAGAUGCAUAUACAUACACCUCGAUGCUUGAGUCCUCGGCUUGCUCUCUCCAGUGGGAAUACUUUGAGUAUGUGUACAAGGAGAUGGCUUUAGCUGGGUAUCACCUUGAUCAAAGCAGACACGCGAACCUCUUGGUGGAAGCAUCAAAAGCUGGGAAGGUGCAUUUGCUAGAGCAUGCCUUUGAUGCAAUACUGGAAGUUGGUCAAAUACCUGAUCGAUCAUUCUUCUUUGAGAUUCUAUGUCAUGCUACCUGUCAACAUGAUCAUGCAAGAGCUGUUGCUCUAAUUAAAUCAAUGGUUCAUGCUGCAUUUCAAGUCAGUUUCCAACAGUGGAUUGACCUAUUCAACAGCAACGAUGAAAGAAUUAGCCAUUCUAGUUUGAGAGGAUUAUUAGAUGUGCUAUGCAGCCAGAGUUUGGGAUCAGACACGACCAUUGUAAAUUUGCGCAGGGCAUUGGAAUCUCUUUGUGGAUCUUGCACUUCAAGAGUGCUUUUAAUCGAUGAACCUGUUGAAUCUGCAACAGAUGUCAGUGCUAAUACAGAUGAAUUUAACCUUCAGCAUGUUCAAGUUGAUGAAGAUGACUGUAGUAAUGAAGCCUAUGAUGAGAGAGAAAAAGGUGCCGACAAGGAGUUAGUUUCGGAUUUGUCAAACUUAAGUCCCAGAGUAGAUGAGAGAGCUGGGACAAGCACAAUCUUUGAGCUUUCUGAUGACGAAUUAACUUUUGAUGACCAAUUUGAUGAGUUAGAUGAUAUCAACGAUCAGUUAGGACUCGGGAUGUCUAGUGAUGAAGAUGACAACUCUUGUGAAACCAAGGUUCCCUCAGCGAAUGAAAUAUUAAAGACUUGGGAGGAUAUGAGGAAAAAAGAUAAUACAUUCUUCAACUUUCAGCUAGGCCAGAUGUGAGUUUUCUUUCACAGAAAUUGCUUCUUCCUUAUGAUAAGCCUCCUUGCAAUGAUGCUGUAGAUUGACUAUGAUAAAGGGUUACAGGAAUUUCAACCUUGUAAAAAUGUAAUGUAGCAGUGAGAUAGUUGAAGACUUGAAGCGUAUGGGGUGUGAUAUUAUAUGAUUGAAUCCGGA